AUGGCUUCAUUUCCCAUGACCGAAGCUCCAGAAGCCAGCUUAGCUACCUUUUCAAGCAGUCCAAACUCUAGGACAGAACCAAGUCCUGAGGACACUACUACAUCUGCCAUUGAAGAGAGCCUAACUUCAUCAGCUCCAACACUGUCCCCCUCUUCAGUUUCCAAUACCACUGGCUCUUCAACCAGCACAGUCCUCCAUCAGAUGACUUCCUCUCCAGCUACCCCACAUACAGUGGAUACCAGUCUUGGGACAGAGAGCAGCACUACUGUAGGAUCCACAGUUACAUUCAGUACUUCGGAGAACUGGCCCCAGCCAGUCAAGACAUCUUUAUCAUUCGUUUCAGAUACCAGCAUGACAGAGGGUAUUGACUUGGGAAUAGUAACAAGUGCUUCUCAUGCCCCUCCACACUCAACUCAGUUGACAAUAACCGAUGGCAUUGUGGAACGCAUCACAAAGAUACCCAAUGAAGCAGCACGUGGAGUAACCGAUGGCAUUGUGGAACGCAUCACAAAGAUACCCAAUGAAGCAGCACGCGGAGGUACCGCGGGACCACUCAAGGACCCUCUCGCAUCCACAUCAUCUGCUAGCCCUGGAGGACUACCUACAGGAGGAACAGAAAGAGUAGAGACCACCACAGCUCUGAAGACCACCACAGCCACUUUGACCACUAGAGUCUCUGCUCCCACUUCAGAAACACCGACUGUCCUUGGGACAUCAGGGAAAACAACCAGCAGGAAGACCACAGCCUCAUUGUUCACCCAACUUGGUGCACAGACAAGUUCAGCCAUUACAACUUCGACUGUCUCACCCAGUGUAUCAGGGAUGGUGACCUCACUGGUCACUAGUUCUGAGGCAGAGACAACAUAA